AUUUUGUUGUUCAUAGGCAGUGCGCGCACGACGCAGGGAAGUUCCUCGGUAACCCUUUUGGGCAGCGCGAUCAGUCAACCCAACCUCCCAACCUCUCUCGAAGCUGCAGGCCUGCACCUCAUCCCGUCUCCAUCCACUCAGAGCGGCCGCCACCCAUUCUUCCCUGCUGCCGCCCAACCGCUCUCCGCCUCUCUAUGUAUGAAUGUCAAUCUGUAUCCGUACGGAGCAUUUGCGCCAGGUUUCUGCUUUUCGCGUACCGUCCCGCCAGGUGGCUCUUACCGCCUCUGCUGGCUGGUCAGGUAUUCGUUGCGUAUCCAUCUGUACCGUGCGUACCUUGACUGA